GUUCAUAAUCCUCUAGACUUUUAGUCAAUAUUAUGAACUCAUUUAAUUACGUCUUCUUUUGGAAAUAAACCCACAUACUAAUAACAUAAUCAUGGGCGGCCGUAAAUUUAAAGUACAAACAUUGAAUUUAAUCUGUUUCAAGUAAAUAUAAUUUAAACUUCUUUAAAAUAUACUACUCGACAUUUUCGGACUAUACAUGAUGUCAGAAUUAUCCAAUUUAUAAAUCAAUAAUUUAGAUUAAUAUGUAUUCUAUGUAAUAGAAGUGCUGACUAAUUGACUAUGGAUACAAAAAAAAAAUGGUAACCCAAACCUUGGUUACCGUGGAUACCUUCAAAUGUUUUAUCAAUAUAUAAGUUUAUAUCAUCUGUGUGACAUUGAAAUACUUUUCCGAAAACAUAAUGGACAGUAUAUUAUUUCCUACGGAAAUUGAUUUUUAUAUAGAUACAAUUAAGUAUCACAAUUUAAAGGAUCUGGGCAAUUCAAAUUGGUUGGAAUGGCACGAGCGUCUUCAAAAACUCAACCAAGAAGCGGUGAUCGAGGCUUCCGCUAUGAAAGAGGAGUACGUGAAAGAAGCUUUCGUUACGUUGAACAAGAGCAGCGCUCUUGUUCACGAGGCGAUCUUGGUGAGCAUAUGGAAACAAAAGUUGCUUCCGUUGCUGCUCCAAAUGCGACCGGAUCCCGAAAGCACAUUCAUAGCCUACUCGAUUCUGUAUCAUGAAGCGGUGGCCGUCAGUCUGUUAGAACUAAUCUUAUUCCAUCCAAAUGGAUGCGAAAGCUUGGGUGAUGCGGCAUCGGACCUUCUGGAAUACGCCUACGAUUGUGUCGCCCAAUUACUAGUCAUAGAAUGCAAGGAACCGAGUACUGCCGAAAAGGGCAGGACCGAAAUAUUAAGACAGAAAGAGGAUUUGGCGUUUUCCAUCGGGAUUCGCUGUUUAUCCAUUAUAAGAUAUCUGGCUGAAAAUAUGGAUAGGAUUGCAAUAGGAAUAACUUCAAGAAUUUAUUCGACUUUAGACGUUCCCGUGCUUCUCGUACAAGUUAUGCUGCACAAGCCUUGGAUCAGUAAGGGAAAAGUGUAUAGGGAAGGCAGCUGGGUUGAAAACAACUUGCCCAGUGAUUUAUUGAUGCAAUCAGAGGCUCAAAUUUGGUUAAGUCUGAGGCAAUUGCUAUUGGAUAAAGCCUGUUUCGAGUAUUAUCCGAUAACAGAUUCGAGGCGUUCGCAAUUGAUGAAAUUAAUGCCACUUCUAUCACCAACUUUAUUGGAUCAGCUCUCGCCACUAAUGGAACUAAAUCACUGGCUUUGUCAACUAUCCGUUACAGAGUUACCAUCGUCGAAUAACAAACCAUUUCUACUAGAAACUAUAUUGGAAAUUAAAAAUAAUAUAUUGAAACAGGGAGAGAAGAAAUGGAAGAAAAUAGCCAAAGAUCAGGUGGAUGUCAUUUUUUGCAGUGACAAAGAAGUAUUAAAAACUACAGCUCAAAGGUUAAUGGCAGCAUACAAUACUGACUUGUUGGAGAAAAUGGAAACAAAGAAUAAGGAACACUGCACUCUUUGUGAUAAAGCUGCAAUCCAAAGAUGUUCCAAAUGCAAGAAAACUUGGUACUGCUCAAGAAAUUGCCAAGUCAGUGAUUGGAAUACUCACAAGGUUAUGUGUAUUCAAUAAUAUUUAGAUUCAAUAAAACAAACUGGAUUCUUAGAAUAUUUUUAAUUUAU